AUGGCGGUAGCAGCCUUCCAAAAUGGGUUAAAUAGAAACGGGUCAAAAGCAACCAAAAAGCUACUAAAAAUAGUGUACGCACUGGAAAAGCUCGGCACAAAGGUGCAGUGGCCGCAAAAGAUGAAGUCAGAUCCGAGCACCCGUAGAUCGAACGUUCUAUAUGAAUUUAACCAGGAAAGGAGGCACAAGAUCGAGGACUGCAUAGGUCUACGACAGGAAGUGGUAAGAAUGCUAAAUCAGGGACACCUGAAAGAACUGCUAAGCGACCGAGGACGAGUCAACUUUGCUCGUAGGCGCGAUCAACCUCAGGGACCCCUAAAACCAUCGUCGCCAGCUCGUACCAUACAAAUGAUCAUUGGCGGUGGCGACAAUACGAUAAUCAACCACGUGAAGCUCACCACCACACACAAACUCAAAUGGACAGUCACCCACGAACGGUAUGAUGACCUCGAAGAUAGUAUCAUCUUUGAUAAGUCGGAUACCAACAGUUUGUCUUUCCCUCACUAUGAUGCUUUGGUUAUAACUUUACGCAUCGCGGAUACCGACAUAAAGAGAAUAAUGGUGGAUGACGAAAGCGACACGUGUAUUAUUCACCCACGAGUUCUCAAGAAGAUGAGGCUCGAGGAUAAAAUAGUACCGCAUUGCAUAACACUAACGGUUUUUAAUAAUUUAGUGGAGCGAACCUCUAGAGAGAUAGUGCUACCCAUUCUGGCAGGAGGAGUCACCCUGGAGACGACGUUCCACGUCAUGAACCAGGAGACAGCCUACAACGUCAUCAUAGGGCAUCCAUUGCGCCAUGCGAGCCAUCCCGUCAAGUUUCUAUCAAAUAAUUAA